AUGGACGGCACCGGGCAGUGCCUGCAGCCCCAAAUCAAAUCUCUGACACGUGCUGGCUUCGACAUCCGCGCCCUCUACAUCCCCAUGUCCGACCGCUCCACGUGGCGGCAGCUGGUUCGCCGAGUCGCACCGCUCAUACAGCAGGCAGCCAAUGAGGAGGACGCCGAGGAGCGGGGGGCCAGUGGGGACAGAAGGGGCAGGGAGGCAGCACGGGAGGGAGCGCGGGAGGUGACGGUGCUGGCGGAGUCGUUUGGGGCGUGCCUGGCUCUGCGCAUUGCUGCUGCCAACCCCGGCCUGCUGCACCGCCUCGUGCUCGUGAGUGAGAUGCCUUUCCUCCUCCGCUGCCUGCCCCACGCGUUUUGCAUCAUGCAUGCCGGGCCGGUCGCACACCCGCUACCAUCCCUCUCAUCUCCCUUCUUCCUCCCCCUUUUGCCCCCUUCCUUCUUUGGCCGCUUCCCCUUUUCCCCCUUGCGCCCUUGUCCCCUUCCCCCGUGCCCCUUCGCCCCUUGCACACCACUGAUGCCAUGCCACUCAUCACCAUCCCGUGCCAAGCAGAUCAACCCAGCAACGGCCUUCCCCACCAACAACCCGCUCGUCAGCCUCUCCUGCCCUUUUCAUGUGCCCCCUCGCUCCCCUCGUUCCCUCGUCCCCUUCCCCCACACCCGCCCUUCUAACCUCGUGCCAAGCAGAUCAACCCAGCAACGGCCUUCCCCACCAACAACCCGCUCGUCAGCCUCUCCUGCCCUUUUCAUGUGCCCCCUCGCUCCCCUCGUUCCCUCGUCCCCUUCCCCCACACCCGCCCUUCUAACCUCGUGCCAAGCAGAUCAACCCAGCAACGGCCUUCCCCACCAACAACCCGCUCGUCAGCCUCUGUGUUGCCACGGGCCUGCUUGCCUUCUUCCCGCCGCCGCUCUACGAAUUCGCCCAGGUCACAUCCAGUCUCCGCGCCCUUCAUUCCCUCUCUCCUGCGUGCUCUUAUCACUUGCUCUCCUUGACGUGGCGCUGCCUCUGCUGGUGAAGCGAAGCCGGGUCCAACCUGCUGCAGCAGCAGCCGGCACUAGCGUGGGAGGAGGGGAGGCGUCACUACGCGUGCUGUCUCCCAUCGACUACGUGCCGGCGGCGUGUGCGUCGUGGCGGCUCUCUCUGCUGAACGACCAGUCUGGGCUGUCAGAUGCCGUGCUGCGCUCCAUCCACGCGCCCACCCUGCUGGCGCCUCAAAAACCACCUCUGCCCCUCCACCACACCUCCAUUCGUCUAUUCCUAUCUUACUCCCCUGCCAUGCCACCAGGUGGCCUCAUCAAAGGACAGGUGCUGAAGCAGGCUGAGAGGAUCGCUGCUGCCAGCCCUCCUCUGAUCCUCCUCCUCCUCUCCCCCCCCCCCCCCCCCUCUCCCCCUCUCCCCCUCUCCCCCUCCCCCUCUCCCCCUCUCCCCCUCUUCCCCUCCCCCACUCCCCCGAAUCCCAUGGUAGCGGCCUCACAGUGUUGCUGGAGGCUGAUAGCUAAUGGCUCACGCCUUCCUCCCUCGGUCCUUAGGCCACCCUCUCCUCCCCGUUCCUCAGAUCUAGCCCCACCCACGGAGCUGCCCUCCCUUCACGCGCCCUUUAGGCGCUGUCCUCCCUCCCCGUGCGCCCCCUAA